AUGCUCGAGAAGACACAGACCGGGGCUGGCCCAUCCUCUCAAACAGCACCAGGACCUGGAACUGGCAAUGAUGCGACGCCUCCACCCGAUGGCGGCUAUGGCUGGGUGUGUCUGGCCUGCUGUUUUACAGUCAACUGUUUCACUUGGGGUGUUGUAUCCUCUUACGGCGUCUAUCUGUCGUACUACCUGACGCGCGACGCCUUUCCCGAGUCUCGACCUUUGGACUACGCCUUCAUCGGCAGUCUGAACUUCGGGAUUGCGAUGCUCUCGGCUCCCCUGACCACGCGUUUGGCGCGCUCCUUCGGCAUCAAGCCACCGAUGCUAGCUGGGGCCAUGAUCUUUGGAGGAGGCUUCAUCGCCGCGUCGUUCGCCUCGCGCAUCUGGCAUCUUUACCUCUCGCAAGGCGCGCUGGUCGGCCUGGGCGUCGGGCUGGUCUACGUGCCCAGCAUUGCAGUUCUGUCACAGUGGUUCGGCAGAAGAAGAAGUCUUGCCAACGGCAUCAGUGCCGCCGGGUCCGGGAUCGGUGGCUUGGUCUUCUCCUUCACCAGUGGCGCCUUGAUAGACCAUCUCGGGAUUGGAUGGGCGCUGAGGAUCACGGGAGCUAUCGCGCUGCUGGCAAAUCUCGUGGCCGCCGUCUUCAUCCGCGACCGCAACAGUAUCGUCCGACCUGAACAGCACCCGUUUGACGUGGGUCUCGCAUGGCGCGCAGAGGUCCUGCUCCUUCUUUCUUGGGCCUUCCUCAGCAUGCUCGGGUACAUCCCGCUCCUUUACUCGCUCUCGGACUUCUCACUCUCGAUCGGGCUGUCCCGACAACAGGCGACGCAGGUGACGGCCUUUCUGAACAUGGGUACCGCCAUCGGCCGGCCCUUUAUCGGCGUGGCAAGUGACCGCUUCGGCCGGUUCGAAGUGGCCACCAGCCUGACCUUUCUCUGUGGGCUCUCAUGCCUGGUCAUCUGGAUCCCCGCCACGUCCUUUGGAGUGACAGUGUUCUUUGGCAUACUGAGCGGAGCAAUCUUGGGAGUGUUCUGGAUGGUGCGUCGCGCGUCGACUAGCCCCCAGCAGUGA